AUGGCUGAAAAAACAGCAACGAAUGAAGUAAUCGCUGCUCUCAUGAAUGCACUUAAUAAUGAAGAUUGGGACGUUCGAAAGGAAGCGUGUGCAGCUCUUGAAAAGAUGGGCGAAACAACAGCUACGAUUGAAGUAAUCGUUAGUCUCCUGAAUGCACUUCAGGAUGAAGAUUCAAAUACCCGAGCUUUGGCGUGUAUACACCUUGAACACAUGGGUGAAAAAGCCGCAACGAAUGAGGUAAUCGCUGGUCUCGUGAAUGCACUUAAGGAUGAAUCUUAUAAUGUCCGAGAUAGCGCGUCUAACGCCCUUGGGGAGAUGGGCAAAAAAGCAGCAACAAAUGAAGUAAUCGCUGCUCUCAUGAAUGCACUUCAUGAUAAAAGUGCAGAUGCCCGAGAGGAAGCGAGUAAAGCCCUUGGAAAGAUGGGUGAAAAAGCAGCAACGAAUGAAGUAAUCAAUGAUCUUGUGAAUGCACUUCAGGAUGAAUGUUCAGAUGUUCGACAAGCAUCGUGUAGAACUCUUCGAACGAUGAGUGAAAAAGCAGUAACGAAUGAAGCAAUCGCUGCUCUCAUGAAUGCAAUUCAGAAUGAAGAUUCACAUGUCCGACGUCUAGCGUGUGAAGCCCUUCCACAAAUGGGUGAAAAAUCAGCAACGAAUGAAGUAAUCAAUCGUCUCAUGAAUGCACUUAACGAUGAAGAUUCAUAUGUUCGAGGAGCAGCGUGUACAAGCCUUGGAGAGAUUGGUGAAAAAACAGCAAUGAAUGAAGUAAUCGCUGCUCUCAUGAAUGCACUUAACGAUGAAGAUCCAUGUGUUCGAGAAACAGCGUGUUUAACCCUUGGGGAUAUGGGCGAAAAAGCAGCAACGGAUGAAGUAAUCGAUGGUCUCAUGAAUGCACUUAAGAAUGAAUACCCGGGUGUCCGAGCUACGGCGUAUAUGGGCCUUGUGACGAUGAGUGAAAAAGCACCGACGAAUGAAGUAAUCACUUAUCUCAUGAAUGCACUUAACGAUGAAGAUUCAUAUGUCCGAUAUAUAGCGUGUGCAGGCCUCAGUGAUAGUGGUGAAAAAGCAGCAACGAAUGAGGUAAUAGCUGGUCUCAUAAAUGCACUUCAGGAUGAAGAUUGGAACGUUCGAAAGGGAGCGAGUGAAGCCCUUGGAAAGAUGGGUGAAAAAGCAGCAACAAAUGAAGUAAUCGCUGCUCUCAUGAAUGCACUUAAGGAUGAAGAUGGGGGCGUUCGAAAGGAAGCGAGUGAAACCCUUGGAAAGAUGGGUGAAAAAGCAGCGACGAAUGAAGUAAUCGCUGCUCUCAUGAAUGCACUUCAGGAUGAACAUUGGAGCGUUCGAAAGGAAGCGUGUGCAGCUCUUGGAAAGAUGGGCGAAAAAGCAGCUACGAAUGAAGCAAUCGCUGCUCUCAUGAAUGCACUUUGGGAUAAACGUUCAGAUGUACGAAGUGAAGCACGGCAGGACACUGAAUUUGAAGAUGAUUGUAUUUCAGCGCCUGAAAUUCAAUGGAAAAUGGCAGAACGCAAUAAUUCAGGGCCUGAAAGUGAAUCGAAAAUGACGGAUGCAUCAUCAGCCUGCGAGAUUUUGUAA